AUGAGGCCACCAGCAAAAAGUGCAAAGGUCCUCGGGGUGUGCCUCAUCACCGGCACGGCAGCCUCGCAGCAACAGCUACAACAGCCUCUUGUUGCGCAGCCCAGCGUCUACACGGCGACUCCGAGCCUAGACUCCUUCAGACCCAGCAUCACCAACACGGCGAGUCCCAGCUUCAACUCGCUCAGCCCGAGCUUCAGCCAUCUCCGUCCUAGCCUGGCCCCCGUGAGCGCACAACCCUCACUGGUCCCAGUCGGCCAGGUGCCGCUCGGCGGUGGGGCUGUUGGCGGGGGCAGCAACAACAACAACAACAACAACAACAACAACAACAACCAUAACGAUGCCGGCUAUGCGAGCUGCGCCGCAAUCGGCAGGGCCAGCAUACCCGGGUGCGCCAUGGAGUGCUUCGCGACGGGGGCCGCCGCGCUGGGCUGCGCCGUGCAUGACCUCGGAUGCCAGUGCCGACAGCAAGCGCGCAUGAUGGCCGCGGCCGAGGGGUGCGUGGCCGAGGCGUGUCCGGGGGCUGCUUACCAGCGAGUCAUAGACGGUGCCAUGUCCAAGAGGCCAGCCCCGACAGGAACUGCCUCUGUCUCGGCGUCAUAUUCUUACGUGAGCGGCAGCGGCUUCUCCGUGUUUCCAUCUUUAACCGUGACCAAUAAUCGGGCCUCCGGUACUGCGACGCCAAGCUUCAUGCCCCAGAUAGACCCACCCAGCCAAAUAGCGCCAAUCCACCACAAGAGAGACGUCGAGGAAGACCACGGUCCAUGGGAGAACUUCGAUCCGGCGAACAAGGCCGCAAUACAGGCCAGCUCCGGGACGCCGUCUGGUCAUUAUGGGAAUAUGCGUAUUUCGGGUUGGGCCAUAGCAGUUCUGCCUACAUUGAUUGUCGGUCUGUUUGUAUAG